GUUCAGAUUGUCCAAGGUGUGGACAAACACCUUCAAAGCCAUCUCUGAAAACGAAAGCAGUCUGCCAUGCGGUGGUGACAAGCUGGACAGGAAGGUUUAGUUUACUUUAAAUACUAUCUGGAGGGAAAGCUUCUUUACUAUUCAUGAUGUCAGCCAAAGACACAAUGAGACGUAAUAAAACACUUCUUCAGUCAAUGUUGUGUGGAGAUCACAGACUAAUCCUCACCAAGGUUCAUGAGAAGGAUCUGAUCACUGAACGUGAUUACAACAACCUGAAGGACAUCAACAAAGAAGAUGUGGAGGGCCAUGUUAUAAAGCUGGUGGAUAAGAUCAUGAAUAAAGGAGAGGAGACAUGCCAAACCUUCCUUCACCUGCUGCAAACUGACGAAGACAUCAAAACCACUUACCCUGAGCUGAAGAACAUACAGCUGAACGUCACCCGCCCGUUAUCUCUGCCUAUCCAAGCUACUUCAAGUAAUGACAGAGACAUGAUGCCACCAGAGAGCAAGAGGCCAAAGCAGGACGAUCAAUAUCAGCUGAACAGCCAACCGAACGGCCUCUGUGUCAUAAUUAACAAUGAGAAUUUCAUGGAUGGUAAUGUGAGAAGGGGAACCAACAAUGAUGCUGAAAGUCUGGCAAAGGUUUUCAGCUGGCUGAACUUCAGAGUGCUGAUGUAUAAAGACCAAACCAAGGACCAGAUGGAUCAGACCCUGACGUGCUUUGCUUCUCUGAGAGACCUCUCUCAACUGGAGCAUUUGGACGUGAAGGAGUGGUCCAAUGGUGUUUUUACUGAUUUCCAGGGGGCUCCUCAGCACGGCGAUGCCUUCAUCUGCUGUGUUCUGAGUCACGGAACAAAAGGUGUAGUCUUGGGUAUCGAUGGAAAGCCCCUUUCUAUUUCCGAAAAAACUAGAACUUUCAAGGCGACAGACCAAUCACCUCUUACUGGAAAGCCCAAAGUGUUCCUGAUCCAGGCCUGUCAGGGAGGGCAGAGACAGCGAGGAGUGUUAUCAGAAGAUCUACAGGCUGAUGACUCUCAGUCUCUGUACAUCCCUGAGGAUGCAGAUUUUUUGGUUGCUCUCGCCACUGUUGAAGACCAUGCAUCAAUGAGGCACCGAAUAGAUGGAAGCUGGUUCAUUCAGUCUUUGUGUCAGCAGCUGAAGGAGCGCUGCCCGAGGGGUGAAGACAUCGUCACCAUCCUGCAACACGUGAACAAUGAAGUAGGCCUGAAAGAAGGAUCCAGUCAACCUGGCAGAGUAAAACAGAUGCCUGAAGUCAGAUUCACCCUGAGGAAGAGACUUUUUUUGUCACCACAAGCUGGAUCCCCAUAAACUAUGUGAACACUUAAUGUAUACUUAAUGUUUUCAUGCUUAAUUCUUUCAGGAUGAUUAACUCAGGUGAAGGGUUUUUCAAAACUGUCAAGAUUUUAAAUCUUUUAUUUGUGAAUCCUAACUUUGACCUCUAUCAUUUAUGUCAUAUUUUAGAUGAUAUGUUUAACUCAGAUUAAAGUUUUAAUAUAGUAUACAGUCUUUUUUACAACACUUAAUUUUUCUUGAAACACACUGAAUCAUGUUUUUUAAAUUGUGGCAGAUUCUUGUUGCAGAAUAAAUCAUUUUUCUGAUCA